AUGAAGCGGCUGCUCUACGGCCUACACCCGAGCCUCUGCCGCUGCUUCUCCCACUCGCCAUCGCCAAUGUCGUCGCCAGCGUCGUCGCCGGCAGCCUCGUAUCCGGCCUCUGCGGCGUCUUCCUACUAUUCGUCGUCGCCCUCGUCGCCGCACUCUUCAGACGCCGCGCCCUCAUCGCCUUCGUCGCCCUCAUCGCCCUUGCAGCGGCACGCCUGCAGCCAGCAUCCAUCGCCCGGCCAAGCGACGCCGGCUGUGAAUAUGAAUUCCGCGAGAAAUCCCGAGCCACUCAUGGCCUCUGCGCUUCACAAGCCUGGCUGGAGACCCACGGUCAAGACCGCCGUGGCCAACGGCGCCAUGAAUGGCCAUCGCAGCUACUUCCAGGAACCUGACCUCUGGCAGCAGGCGCCUGUUCUCACAGGCACCACCCAGUUCGAGCCUCGUGAAGGCGUCAGGAAUAUCAUGAUUACAGGUGGAGCGGGCUUCAUUGCUUCCUGGGUUGUUCGCCAUCUCACCUUGACAUACCCUCACGCUUACAACAUUGUAUCGUUUGACAAGCUCGAUUACUGCUCUGCUCUGAACAACACCAGAGCCCUCAAUGACAAGCGCAACUUUACUUUUUACCAUGGCGACUUGACAAAUCCCUCCGAAGUCCUCGACUGCAUGCAACGCUAUCACAUUGACACGGUGAUGCACUUUGCAGCUCAGUCGCAUGUGGAUUUGAGCUUUGGCAACUCUUAUAGCUUCACCCACGCGAACGUCUAUGGCACGCACGUUCUUUUGGAGAGCGCCAAGAAGGCCUGCGUUAAACGGUUCAUCCACGUGUCGACUGACGAAGUUUAUGGCGAAGUGGGCCAUGGCGAAGAUGAGCUGCAGGAAACCAGCAUCCUUGCCCCAACUAACCCCUACGCUGCAAGCAAAGCAGCUGCCGAAAUGAUGGUCCACUCCUAUCACAAGAGCUUCAAACUACCCACCAUUAUUGUGCGCAGCAACAAUGUCUAUGGCCCGCACCAGUACCCCGAGAAAAUUAUCCCCAAAUUCAUAUGCUUACUUAACCGCAAGCGCCCUGUCGUCUUACAUGGCGACGGCAGCCCCACUCGCAGAUAUCUCUUCGCCGCGGAUGCUGCAGAUGCUUUUGAUACAAUACUUCACAAAGGCCAGGUUGGCCAUGUGUACAAUGUUGGCUCCACCGAUGAAAUCUCCAACCUUGAACUAUGCGGCAAAAUCCUGUCAGCCAUGAACAUCACUCAUGAUACCCCAGAGCAGUUUCGGAAAUGGGUCAAGUACACCCAUGAUCGACCGUUCAAUGAUUGUCGGUAUGCUGUUGAUGGUUCAAAGCUACGAAACUUGGGAUGGGACCAGAAGACGACGUUUGAGGAAGGACUGCAGAUGACAGUGGACUGGUACCGCCGGUUUGGCGAGCAAUGGUGGGGAGACAUCAGCCAUGUUCUCACCCCAUUUCCCAUUGUUAGCGAAGGAGAAGUGGUGCCGGAUGUCGAGCAUUUUGUCAAAGAUGACCCUCCAACACCUGUCGAAGCUUACCCAACGAAUGGCAAUGGCGUAUCUCAAAAGGCAAGCUGA